AUGCAUCUGAUUCACCGAUUAACGCUCGCCAGGUCGAUAUUCCCCGGUAUCAUAUCGGCAAGCCCAGCAUCAGCACACUUGAUCGGGAGGUCCUAUGGCAGCGAUAACAAGCCACAGGGAGGAGGCUAUGUGCCUGCUUCCAAAAGGAGCCGUGAGCUAGAACAUCCCGGGCCCCCACCGCCAAACACCAGCGAAGUAUCGCAAAACACAGGCGCCCCCGUUGAUACAGAUGACGCAACAUCUUACCCGAACCUUGAACGACAAUCGCAGAGAAAGGAGCCUUCCAACAAGGCCCGGCCAACCCUGAGCGACGGCCGGGAAUCGCCCAAUGUCGAUCUUCAGGGUAAUGUUAGAGAGGAUCUGCCGGAGGAUGUGAAGCAGCACAAUCGGGAGUUGCAGCAAAGAUACGAUAGGGCGUAUAAUCAGAUUGUGGAUGGGGGGAAAGUGAGUAAAGGGUUCUGGAAGGGGGGUGGUGGAAGUUUGACUGAGGAUCAGGGCGGCGCCAGAAGGAAUGGCGGACAUUGA